AUGUCAAAAGCGUUGGACAAUGCUAAUCCUACAAUCUUCAACACUCCCGCCGCGUCGUUGUCUUCUCGAACUAAAUCUCCAAGAGCCAUGUUGUGGGAUGAAGCUGUCUUGGAUUGGGAAGACUCUGAGGAGAGGGAAGAGAUCGAUUCUCAGGAGGUGUAUGACCUUUUGAGAAGCAUAACAGAUCCUGAACAUCCUGUCACAUUGGAACAACUCCGAGUAGUCACCCCAGAAGACGUUCACGUUUCAGGAAAUCGAGUUUUGGUCUAUCUAACACCUACAAUCCCACAUUGUUCCAUGUCAACCCUUAUCGGUUUAUCGCUUCGUGUAAGACUGUUAAGAUCACUCCCACCUCGAUUCCGAGUGGAUAUCAGGAUUAAAGAAGGAAUGCAUCAAAGUGAACAUGCUGUCAAUAAACAAUUGAAUGAUAAAGAGAGGGUUCAAGCGGCUUUGGAGAAUCAACAUUUACUUCAGGUUGUAGAGGGUUGUUUAGCUACUGCUGGGAAGAGAGGUGGAGAGUAG